AUGGCUUCUGGAAACGACUGGUUGGGGUUCUCGCUCUCCGGCCAAGAAAACCCACAGCCGCAUCAGGAUAGCUCGCCGCCCGCCGGCAUCGACAUCUCCGGCGCCAGUGACUUCUAUGGCCUACCCACGCAGCCAGCCCCCGACGCUCAACUUGGCGUGCCAGGCCAUCAGCCUUCGUACGGGAUCACGGAGGCCUUCACUCAUGAAACCCACGAUUGGAACAUGAGGGGUGAUCUGGACUAUAACGGCGGUGCGUCCGAGCUCUCGAUGCUCGUCGGGUCGAGCGCAGUCGGCGGCAAGAGGGCGGCCAUGGAGGCCGAGACCGAGCCCAAGCUUGAGGACUUCCUCGGUGGCAACUCGUUCGUCUCCGAGCAAGAUCAGGCCGGCGGCUUCUUGUUCUCCGGAGUCCCGAUGGCGACCAGCGCCAACAGCAACAGCGGGAGCAACACCAUGGAGCUCUCUAUGAUCAAGAGCUGGCUCCGUAACAACCAGGUACCCCAAGCGCCGCACCCGCAGUCGCAUACCGGGGCGCCCGUGCAGCAGCCGCAGCCCCACGAGGAGAUGAGCACCGACGCAAGCGCGAGCAGCUUCGAUGCGCUGGGGAGAAACGGCGCGUUGGUGGUGGCGGGGAGCUCGCAGAGCCUGGCGCUCUCGAUGAGCACGGGCUCAGGAUCGCACUUGCCGAUGGCUGCGGUCGGCGGCAGUGCCACUGGGGGAGUCUCAGAGAGCACCUCCUCGGAGAACAAGCGGGCCAGCGGCACCAUGGAUUCGCCGGGCGGUGCCGUAGAAGCUGUCGCGAGGAAGUCCAUCGACACAUUCGGGCAAAGGACGUCGAUAUAUCGAGGUGUAACAAGACAUAGAUGGACAGGGCGUUAUGAGGCUCAUCUCUGGGACAAUAGCUGCAGAAGAGAAGGGCAGAGUCGCAAGGGUAGGCAAGGUAAUUUAGGUGGCUAUGACAAGGAGGACAAGGCAGCAAGGGCUUAUGAUUUGGCAGCACUCAAGUAUUGGGGUACAACAACAACAACAAAUUUCCCAAUUAAUACCUACGAAAAAGAGGUGGAUGAAAUGAAACAUAUGACUAGGCAGGAAUACAUCGCAUACCUAAGAAGGAAUAGCAGCGGAUUUUCUCGUGGUGCGUCAAAAUAUCGUGGUGUGACUAGGCACCAUCAGCAUGGGAGAUGGCAAGCAAGAAUUGGGCGGGUUGCAGGAAACAAGGAUCUCUACUUAGGCACCUUCAGCACCGAGGAGGAGGCGGCGGAGGCCUACGACAUCGCGGCGAUCAAGUUCCGUGGGCUCAAUGCCGUCACCAACUUCGACAUGAGUCGCUACGACGUCAAGACCAUCCUCCAGAGCAGCACCCUACCGGUGGCGGUGAGUGGCGCGGCGAGGCGCCUCAAGGAGGCCGCUGAUCAUCCAGAGGCUGGCGCCACGAUCUGGCGGGCCGGCAUGGAUGGCGGCGUCAUCUCCCAGCUGACCGACGUCGGGAUGGGCGCUUACGCGUCGUACCACCACGGCUGGCCGACAAUCGCAUUCCAGCAGCCGUCGCCGCUCUCGCUGCACUACCCAUACGUCGCCCAGCCGUCUCGCGGGUGGUGCAAGCCCGAGCAGGACGCCACCGUCGCCACGCAAAACCUGCAGGACCUCCAGGAGCUGCACCUCGGGACCGCCGCUCACAACUAUUUCCAGGCAUCGUCGAGCUCCACGGUCUACAACGGCGGCGGCGGCGGCGGGUACCAGCAGGGCACCGGUGGCAACGCCUUCCUGAUGCCGGCUAGCGCCGUCGUGGACGAACAGGGGCACAGCAGCACUGCCACCAACCAGGGAAGCACCUGCAGCUACGGGGACGAAGAAGGGAAGCUCAAUAUUGGGUACGACGCCAUGGCGAUGGCGAGCACCGGCGCCGACCCAUACGCGGCGGCGUCAACGGUGAGCAUCGCGAGGGCGAACGGGUACUCCAACAACUGGAGCUCGCCGUUCAAUGGCAUGUGA